UAUUCAGACAUAUAAAACGAGGCGAGGGGUGAGACUAUCCAAAGAGACACAAGACCGCGCAAAGGAACUUAAAAAGAAAACACCUGGUCACUUUGGGAGGUUUGACUGGAGGUAUUUCAGGACCCCGAUCAGCGCGCGCAUCACAUCUCUAUAGCACAUGUGUAAAGCAAUGCUCGUGAGGAACGGCUCUCAGCUUUUGCUCUUCAUAACUCUCUCCAGUGUUUUAUAUGCCCGGACCUUAAGUUUACCCUUCGCCUCCAUGAGAGAUACAAGACACGCAGACGGGCUCUUCACAAGCGGAUACAGUAAACUUCUAGGACAGUUAUCUGCCAGACGGUACCUGGAGUCAUUGAUCGGAAAGCGGGUCAGUGAUGAUUUGAUGGAAGACCAGGCGCCGAUGAAGCGUCAUUCAGACGCAAUAUUCACAGACAACUACAGCCGCUUUCGCAAGCAGAUGGCGGUGAAGAAAUAUCUCAACUCCGUUCUCACAGGAAAGAGAAGUCAAGAAGACCCACCUAGCAUGCAGGAGGAAUCAACUGGAGGGGAGACCACAUAUCGGGAGAGCUACGAUGACGUCACUGUAGACCGACUUCUGAAUCAUAUACCAUUGCCUCUCUGAGGUCAGUUUGAAGACAAGAAAACAACUCUCCGAGACCAUCAUCAUAGAUCAAUAAAUGCAUUGAAACAAGCCCCGGACUGGUACAAUAAGAGAAGCGCAUAUUCAGACCUGAAGACUGCUGAUUGGAUCUCGAGUGAUGAAGUAACACUGUCGCCGUGCAUUUUGUAAAUGAAUUAUUUUAUAAAAAUAUUUAUGUUUCUUCUGUCUGAAUUCUAACUCUAGAGGGAUCAUUUGGGUUCGGGAGGGUCGGGG